AUGGCGGCAGUACGUGGAGUCCCAGAGAAAUCCGUGAAGAAUGCUGUUUUGAAUUCAUUUGCCAUUUGGAUAUUAGAUUCAAGAGCAACUGAUUAUAAUAACUACUCAUUAGAAUACUUUGAUGAUUAUCAUAAGAUCCAUGGAAUCUUUGUUCAAUUACCAAAUGGAGAAACAGUGGCUGCUACACACAUAGGAGAAAUCAGACUCCAAGUUGACGUAUUAUUCCAGAAUGUGUUAUACAUUCCUUCUUUUGCAUUUAAUAUUAUAUCUGCAAGCAAAUUGGCAAAACAAUCAGGCUAUGAAAUUGUUAUGGGAGCUAAUUCUUGUACCAUUCAGGGACAUCUUGAGAUGAUGGCUGGUUUUGCUAAAGAAGAUAAUGGGUUGUACCUGAUCACUCAUCCUCCUGUCAAGAAAAGGAAUCCUCCUUCCGAUAGUAGUACUAAUGUUCAGUGUAAUAGUCUGUCUGUAGAAACAUGGCACAAUAGAAUAGGACAUUAUCGUAUAAAUAAAAUUCAUUCUCUGAAUUUCUCUGCCAAGAUAAAGGUGGCAAGGAUAGACAAUGGAGGUGAAUUUAUGAUGACAGCUUUCUUAAAUGAGAAUGGCAUUGUGCAUCCAAGAUCAUGUGUACAUACACCCCCGCAGAAUGGGGUGGCAGAAAGGAAACAUCAUUAUAUACUUAAUGUAGCAAGGGAACUAAGGUUCCAGUCAGGUUUACCUAUGACAUUUUGGGGUCACUGUGUUCUCCAUUCUUCUUUUUUAAUCAACAUAUUGCCUAUUGCUGAAAAAAUACCAUUUGAGAUACUAUUUGGGAAAGCAGUAAACUAUGAUCAGCUCAAAUCUUUUGGAUGCUUGUGUUUUGGUGCAACUAUUUCACAGGGAAGGAAUAAGAUGCAAUCAAGGGCUAGGAAAUGUGUUUUUAUAGGGUUUCCAGCAAAUGUAAAGGGCUACAUGUAUGACAUGGCUGAUAAAUCCAUCUUUUUCAGUCCUACAUUACCUCUUAUCCUCAUUUCUAUUACCACAGAUAUCAGCCCCACCCUUGUUUCAACAGAUGAAUGUGCCAGCUCAAGGGAUAUACUAUGCAGUACAGGAAGAGGAAAUGCUGAGGCUGACAGUGGCAAUGCUGAGAACAGUGGUGAAUUAGAAAUUGAUAUCAAUGUUGAUUUGGGAAAUGAUAAUAAUGAAGACUCAGGAAAUGAAAUAGAGACUAUUGAUAAGUUCAUCUCUUAUGAUAACUUGCAACCUAGUCAUAAAUUCUGUACUCUCUCUAUUUCUUCCACACAUGAGCUCCAAUCCUACAAUGAAGUUGUGAAACAUGAGGAAUGGAGAAAAGCCAUGCAAACUGAGAUAGAGGCAUUAGUUGAGAACAACACUUGGACCCUAACAGAUUUGCCACCAGGGAAAAUACCUAUUGGAGGCAGAUGGGUCUAUAAGAUAAAGCAUAAAGCUGAUGCCAAGAAGCAAGCCACAAUAUCAAGGUCAUCAUCUGAGGUUGAAUAUAGAGCAUUGGCCUCCACAACUUGUGAAAUCCAAUGGCUUCUAUAUUUGCUAGCAAAUUUGAAGAUCUGUUUUGACAGCCCUAUUGCCUUGUUCUGUGAUAAUAAGUCUGUUGUGGCAAUAGGUGAAAAUUAUGUGUUUCAUGAACGCACCAAGCAUAUUGAGAUCGAUUUCCAUUUUGUUAGGCAAAAGGUGCAUGAGGGGGUGAUUAAGCUACGGGUCAUUCCAUCCAACAAGCAGGUUGUGGAUGGCUUCACUAAGGCUUUAUCUAAGCCAUUGUUUGACAGCUUUCAUACUAAGCUGAGCCUUCAAGAUGUUCAUGCUCCAGCUUACACGGGGUUGAUGAAGGAACCACCAUCAAGUAAUCAGCAGCAACUCUCCAAGAAGACAACAGUCUAG